AUGUCUAACAGCAACAACUUUAGAGCACAAGAGUCACCUGAGAAUGACUUUUCCGACCAGUCCAAUUUCGAGUUUUCCGAGUACUUGAUGAUUGGUGAGUGGCUAGAUGAAGAUCAUCCGACUUCCAUGGCUUUGGAGACCGUCCAGAAUUCGGGCUAUCAAGCAAAUGAAGUUGAUGAGUCUCGUGGAAGUAGCAGCCAACUUGGAGGGUCUAAUAGCAAAGAGAAUGAAAGCGGCAGCGUACGGGAGAGGCAGGAAGUUAGAGAAAGAGUUGCAUUCAAAACAAAAUCAGAGGUUGAAAUAUUGGAUGAUGGUUUCAAGUGGAGGAAGUAUGGUAAAAAGAUGGUGAAGAACAGCCCAAAUCCAAGGAAUUACUACAAGUGUUCAGUUGAAGGCUGCCCUGUGAAAAAGAGAGUAGAAAGAGAUAGAGAUGAUCGAAGGUUUGUAAUUACAACGUAUGAGGGCAUUCAUAACCAUCUGAGCCUCUAA